AUGGAGUUUGUCGUGGGCGGUAUGGCAGCUACAAGUGCCGGCCCAAGUGACAAACAACCAGGGCAAAUACAACGGUUUUUGGACGCCGGGUGUAAAGUGGCCAAAAAGGAUGGACUUAAGUCUUUGCAAAAAGGACUUUCUCCAGCUCUUGGUGCACAUUUAAUGAGUUAUGGGACCAAAUUAGGUUCGUACCAGUUCGGCCAAAAUCGCGGUCUAACUACAGACAGGAAUGGAAAUGUAGUUCUUUUGAAGAGCAUAUCAACCAGUGGCGCAGGAGGAAUGUUGGGGACAAUACUUAUCCAGUCCCUUUUAUUUACUAAAAAUACAAAACGACAAUUAGUCCCUCAAGUGAACGGUCGCGUCUAUGAAAGCUUUCUGGAUUGCGUCAAGAAAACAUACAAAGCAAACGGUUUCAAGCCCUUCUACAGAGGCAUGGGUCCGAUAUACUUGAAAUUAGGUCCACACACAAUUUUAUGUCUGGACACUUUGGGAAGAAUUGAAAGUGUUCAGCACAUACGAUGUGGAUAACGACACCACAUCGUUUUACAAGAAAUUAGGUUUCGUCGAUGACAGCUUUCAAAGAUACGGUUCAUAUACGAAAACCUUCUACGAUCUGGAUGACCUGAAUAUAGAGGAUAUUCACGAUAAUCACAAAUGUGACCUGAUCUGGAACUAAGUUAAUUUAGUUAACUUCUUCUCAGUUCGUACAUUCUGUGAUUUUAAUUGUAAGGCUCAAUAACUAGUUAUUUUGGGAUACUUUAGUAAUUAUUAUAUUUAUAAUUAAUUUAUUAUAUACA